GUACUACAAAAAUGUCCCGGUCGAGCGAGCGCCGCAGAGCAAGCGACAACGUUCCGGUCCCUCCCCGGUUGUUCAGUGCAGUCACGGGACAGAAGCUCUUCCCACCGCUCCGCCAUGCGAUCCUCCUGACUGAUUUUAGUUUCUUUCUUCCGCGCCACUGUCACCCUAUAUCUGCGUUCCGUCCCACUGCAGCUUCCCCAAUCCGUUUCCACUCUCCUUUGGCCAAGAACCAGAGAAACAUCUACUACUAGCAAUCAAUGAGGGGCAUGGCCAUGGGCGGCGACAUGGGGGCGAUGACGAUGGCGCCGCCGCGGGCCGCCGACCACGCGGCGGCGACGCCGCACAAGAUGGCGGGGAUGAUGCACAUGGCCUUCUUCUGGGGCGACCGCGCGGUGGUCCUCUUCCCGGGCUGGCCGGGCGACCGCGGCGCCGGGAUGUACAUCCUCUGCCUCCUCCUCGUGCUCGCCCUCGCCGCGCUCACCGAGGCGCUCGCGCUGCUCUCGCGCCGCCUCGCCCGGCGCGGCGGCGGGGAGGCCACGGCGUCCUCCGCGGCCCUGCUCACGGCGGUGCAUGCCGCCAGGAUGGGGUUGGCGUACCUGGUGAUGCUGGCCGUCAUGUCCUUCAACGUCGGCGUGCUCCUCGCGGCCGUCGCCGGACACGCCCUCGGGUUCCUCCUCGCGCGCAGCAGGGUGCGCACCGGCGCCGCGCGUGGGAGUGGCGACGCGUCCCCGGAGCUCUGCGGCAUCCCGCCGCCCAACGGAUCCAAGCCUUAGUCACAUUCCCGUUUGCUUAUUCUGUAAUCUUCAUGUACUAGCAGCAGACACUAUAUCCUAUCCAAUGUGUACUGGCACUGGCAGUCCUUAAUCCUACUCCAGAAGUUCAGAUA